UUAUAAACAAUGAUUAAUUGAUCCACUAAAACUACUAUAUAUAGUUGUUAAAUUGAGUUGUUAAAUUAAAUUUAGAUUUCCUUCAAAGUUGAAACAAUCGUAAUUUGGGUUUCGCAUAUCAAUUCUCAAAUCAUCGUUUUGACCUUCGAUUGGUGCCACCACCACCACUUUAGCAUUUGUUGCAAUGGGCGCGGAUGAUAAAAGCCAACAAGUGAAAGCAAUUAUUCAAUUCCAGAAGUUUCAGGAGCUUCUUUCGAAUGAACGCAGCCCUCCUGCUGAGAAAGUUAUUGAGAAAUUUAUUCAAUGUGGUGUUGUUCCUCAAUUUGUUAAAUUUCUAGCCAUGGAUGAUAUCCCUCAAAUUCAGUAUAUGGCUGCUUGGAUACUCGCAUACAUAGCAUCUGGAACUUCUAAGCACACUAAGGUGGUAAUUGAUCAUGGUGCAGUGCCGAUAUUUGUCAAGCUACUUAGUUCACCUAAUCAUCUUGUUCGCGAACAGGCUGUGUGGGCAUUGGGAAACGUUGCCGGUGAUUCCCCUAGGUGCCGUGAUCUUGUUCUCAGUCAUGGUGCCCUGAUCCCGCUGUUAUCUCAGUUGAAUGAGCAAGCAAAGCUUUCUAUGCUGAGAGAUGCCAUGUGGACCCUUUUAAACUUUCUCAGCGGAAAGCCACAACCCCAAUUUGAGGAGGUGAGGCCAGUCCUUCCCGCUCUCCAGCAUUUGCUUUUUUCCAAUGAUGAAGAAGUCCUGACGGAGACAUGCUGGGCACUCUCAUUUCUUUCUGAUGGAUCAAGUGACAAAAUCCAAGCCGUGAUUGACGCAGGUGUAUGUGGCAGACUGGUGCAGCUCCUUCUGCACCCAUCUCCUUCAGUGCUGAUUCCUGCACUUCGUACCGUGGGAAAUAUUGUAACUGGAGACCAUAUGCAGACUCAGGCUGUUAUCAAUCAUGGUUCACUCCCAUGCCUUUUGAGCCUGUUGACCCAUAAUCACGACAAAAGUAUUCAGAUAGAGGCUUGCUGGACUAUAGCUAACAUCACAGCUGGAAACACAGAGCAGAUACAGGCAGUUAUUGAAGCUGGUCUGAUUGCUUCCCUAGUCAAUCUCUUUCAAAAUGCCGAGUUUGACAUUAAAAAAGAAGCUGCAUGUGCAUUCUAUAAUGCUUCAUCCGGCGGUACCAAUGAGCAAAUAAAGUACUUGGUGAGCCAGGGUUGCAUUAAGCCUCUGUGUGAUUUGCUUCUUUGCCCUGAUCCAAAAAUUGUUACUAUCUGUUUAGAAGGUCUUGAGAAUUUUCUGAAAGUUGGAAAAGCGGAGAAAAGCUUUGGUAACACGGGAGAUGAUGUCAACUUGUAUGCUCAGAUGAUAGAUGAUGCUGAGGGAUUGGAAAAGAUUGAAAAAUUGCAGUGUCAUGACAACAAUGAAAUUUAUGAGAAGGCUGUUAAAAUUCUCGAGACAUAUUAUUUGUUGGAAGACGAAGACGAGGAUGCUAUCUCCGGGCAAUGACCUUCCGGACCCAUAUGGUGAAUUCAACUUCAGUUAAAGACUUUUUUGAGAGGGUUUUCUUUGAAGCUGCUUUGAGUCCUAUUUUUUUUAGGGUCAUAGUUUGUAAAAACGUAUGUUAUGGUGUAUUGCUUUGAGACUAAUCAUCAAUUUAAUAGAAAAACAUUA